ACAGCUAUUGCUUGAACGAAGUCCCGCCCCCUUCUCAAAUUACAACCAGUAAAAACGCCGCCGCUGGCGUUACCGUGGCAACACGACGCCACAACACGGCGCAGCGUUCCUGGUUCCUGGAGACCCUCAGCCCCAGAGACACAGCGGAAUAAAUAUUGAGCUGUAGGGUGUGAUCAUGUCGGACGUGGCGAAGGAGAAGGCCAUGCGGCUGCUGAGGAAGCGAGAGAGCAUGUCGUCUCUGUGCAGCCAGGACAUCAGAGCCAGAAGAGAAGAUCUUACCUUCAAGACCAAAGACUCGAUCAGCACCGUGUCGUAUCUGGACGAAGCCAGCCAUCAUGAUGAAAAUCCUCGACAUGCGGUGCAAAUGGAGAACACGUACCAGCUCGGUCCAUUGAAGCGGUUCCCUGUGCAGGCCGUGAGGGAGAUCCUAAUGGACGUCCUAAGCAGCUAUCUGCAGGAGGAGAAGUAUGAACCUGAACUGUGUAGACAGAUGACGAAAACCAUAUCAGAGGUGGUGAAGGCACGAGUGAAGGACUUGAUGAUUCCUCGCUAUAAGAUCGUCGUGAUGAUCAGCAUCGGCCAGCUGGCGGAGCAGAACCUGCGCAUGGCGAGCCGCUGCCUCUGGGACGCCACCACUGACACCUUUUCAUCAUACUCCUUCAAGAACAGCUCACUCUUUGCUGUGGCCAAUGUUUACGCCCUGUACUUUGAAUGAGGCUGGAAGAGCGUAUGAGAACAUCAUCAGAAUGGAACCAUGGGGUCUAGCUUUAUAGAGUUCUUCAGGAUUGAGACUUUAAAAAAGAUGUUGGGGAAUGAAAGUCAGGUUUCAAAGCUGAUUAUGGUUGGGUGGAUGGAUGGAUGGAUGGAUGGAUGGAUGGAUGGAUGGAUGGAUGGAUGGAUAUGUAGAUGGCCAUAUAGAUGGAUGUUAUAAUGAAUACCUUUAUAUACACAUAGAGAGGAUGAAUAAUGGAUAUAGAUAGGUAAAUAAAUAUAAGGAUAGGUUAAUGAUGGAUGGAUGGAUGGAUGGAUGGAUGGAUGGAUAGAUAUGUAAAUGUACAUAUUGAUGGAUGUUGUGAUUAAUAUGUCUGUAUACACAGAGGGAUACAUGGAUCAUGUUUGGAUAUACAGUAUAGAUAGAUAGAUAGAUAGAUAGAUAGAUAGAUAGAUAGAUAGAUAGAUAGAUAGAUAGAUAGAUAGAUAGAUAGAUAGAUAGAUAGAUAGAUAUGCAUAGGUUAAUUAGGGAUGGAUGAAUGAAUAUAUUGAGGAAUAGAUGGAUGGAUGUGGGAUAAACUGAAAGAUUUGGGACGGCUGUAUAAAGAGUUGAACAGAAAAUAAAAUGCUUAUAUAAAGAAACUAAAACAAUGAAAGAUGGGUGGAUGGAUGGAUGGAUAAAUAAACGGAUAGAAGUUUGAAAGGAUAAACUGAUGCAUACAUGUAUAGAUUGAUAGUGAGGGUUAUGGAUAGAUGGAUAAAUGGAUAAACAUAUAUAUAGAUGGAUUGAAGCAGUAAAUCACCAAA